AUGACUUGCAAUACCAAUCUUGCAACUCGGCCCAAGCCAUACGAUUUGAGCAACCAACCUAAUAUCUUCAACUAUGAACUCCAAUCCAGAGACUUCGAUAUCCCCGCUGAUAUUCGGGUUCCUCGAAAGGUGCGAGAGGCCGUGUGGGGGCUUGAGAGCCAAGCUGAAGAUGCCAUCUUGUCCAUGAAGAAGCUGACGAAGCGCCGCGACGACCGGUUCUUCGCCCUGUGUCCCCGUGACGUAGAGCAGUUUGAUCAGCAUGCACUUUCUUUGGAGCACCUCCUACAGUGGAAAGCGGAUUGGAAUACCCUCGACCCUACCCUCUCAACCUCUGCCAAGGUUCCCAUCGAUGCCAUCUACAUCUUUGCCGACGAGGAUGCCUACAAUAAGACCCGCUUGGAGCACAAGCAGAUGGUCGAAGCUUACCUCGAGGGCAAGUUCCAUGUCUGGCUGAGUGAGUGCAGGGCCAUCAAUGUUCUCGCCCACCACACGAUGUCCAACCCUCGCAGCCUCCUAAACAACAACCCUCAUGUCUACUCAAAUUUUUGCAAAUGGUACCAAAUCACCUUCUCCGGCGCCAUGGGGGAGUGGGAGGCCUACCGGACAGGCCUAUAUCUACCAACCUUCGAGCAGACUGUGAGUGAUCUCCGCAGCAUGAUCAACGACCGCGUCGAGGGUGGGGCGGGCUUCGCCCGAUCACUCUCCAGCAGCCCGGAGUGA